AUGCCCACGGGAGAGGACAGCGAGCGUGUAGUUUUGAAGCCACUGCCGCGGGCCGUCGAGAAUGUCGCGGACGAUCCCAGCUUGCACAAUCCUCUCGCGCGACAGGAACGUUUGAGCACAGGCUGGUUCGGGGUGGUGGUUGAAUUCGAUGGCGUUGUUGUGGAGGACACUUCGGACCUGCACAUCAAAGCUUGGCUGCAGCUAGCAGAUGAGGAGGGCAAGUCGAGGCCCUUGCAGUUCGCACUGAAGCGUGCAGAUGGUAUGAAGAACGAGCAGGUGGUGCAGGAGGUGUUCUGCUGGUCGCGCGCACCGAUGGAGGUGCGGCGGCUGUGCGCUCGCAAGGAGGAGCUGUACGCUGCGCUGGCCGGCAACCACAAGCCGCCUGUUGUGCCCGGCGUGCCCCUCUUCCUGGAAACCCUCGUCAAGCACAAUGUGCCGGCGGGAGUGGUGUCAUCGGCACCGGAGGCGCGCAUGCAAUCGGCGCUGGCCGCCACCGGGCUUAAACACGCGUUCCAGACCGUGGUGACAGGCGAUGACGUGUACCGGGGGCGCCCGGAUCCGGAGGCGUACCUCUUCGCCGCGCAGCAGCUGGGCCGCCCCACUGUUCGCUGCGUUGUGGUCGGCAAUUCUAACCAGAGCGUGGAGGCGGCCCGGGAGUGCGGCAUGCGCGCGGUGGUGGUGGCGGGGCGCAAGCCGCUGUACGAGCUGGGAGCAGCCGACCUGGUGGUGCGCGGGCUGGAUGAGCUGUCCUUCAUCAACCUGAAGCAGCUCUUCAGCGACGAGGAGAGCGUCGAGGCCCAGAGUGAUGAGCCAGAAUUGGAGCCUGAGCUGGAAGAGGAGCCGGCAAUCUCACGUCCCACCAUGACCAUGGACUACUGGCCGCAGUGACACCGUCAAAGGUGCUGAGAUGCAGAAGCUUUGCCUGGCUGAGAGGGCAGAGUGCAGCGCACAGGUCGGUCAGCCAAUCUGCAAUGGUUGUCAUUGCUAUUAGUAUAGCAUAGCCUUGUAAGGAUAUACGGAGAAGAGCAGGUCGCUGCCCUGAAGGUGUCCUGUCCAGCUGCCUGUUGCCAAGAGGCAUGCGCUUGUGAUUGAGUGGAAGAUUUGAUGCAACAGUGUUAUAGUUGAUCGCGGAAAUGAGUGUUUGACGCAACUAGGGAUUUGGUAGUGCCGGACCAUUCUUACCCGUGCGCGAGGCGGGCGGUGCUCGGACGAAUACAAAUGAUUAAAGGCUUGGGGGCUACUCUUGUACCAUGAUGGGGUCUGCUCAGCGCCCUUGCCACUCUGUACUAAUGCCCCCUUGUAGAGUAUGGAGUCCAGGUUGCAGACUUUGCUUACUUUGGCCAGGUCGGGGUUGCAGCCUCGGAAAUUAUCCAGCCUGCAUUAGGAUUUAGAUAGCAUUGGUGAGCACAUGUGUAAAACAGAAAGCGCGAGCGCUAAGGGAGGGAAUUAAUAGCGCAGGUCAGGGACUUUUAUAUCUUUUUGUACUAAAGAGGAUUUGCGAAAGACCUGAGGUUCUGGGAAGCAAAUGCCUUCAUUUUCAAAGCUGCCAUUUUUAUGUCGAGAGCGCUAGGGCCCAGGCUUUUCAGGGUGACUUUCUUGUGCCCUCAUUUGCAGAAUAAGUGUGCAAGUGCACAGUGUAAUACAGUCACUGU